CAAAUGGAAAAAUCUGUGGUGAAAGAAAGCAAUGAAACCUCUGCUCUGCACACCUCAGGCUUACAGGACCUCACCUGAGUAUAAUAGCUGACCUUGAGCUCUGUGGCCAGUCGCUUGUCUAUCAUGAUGUCAGCACCUUCUGCCUCCAGGUUAACAGUGACAGGCAGACCAUUUUUGCCCAGGGAAAGCACCAGCAUGAGAAAUGAUGGGCAUGUACAAGAACUUUUUCUCGAAGAAGCACAACAGGGGUCACAAAUGCACAACAGACCUUGGUGGAAGAUACAGCUUUUUGUUUGGGAACCGGUGUUGUUUGGAACAUGGGAUGGAGUCUUUACCUCUUGCAUGAUCAACAUCUUUGGUGUAGUUCUUUUUCUAAGAACUGGGUGGCUGGUAGGAAACACCGGCAUACUAAUGGGCAUGUUUUUGGUAUCCUUUGUAAUCUUGGUUGCGUUGGUAACAGUCUUGUCUGGCAUUGGUGUUUGUGAGCGGUGCAGCAUUGGAAGUGGAGGUGUCUACUCAAUGAUUUCUACUGUCCUGGGAGGUCAAGUAGGAGGAACUGUUGGCCUCCUUUACAUUUUUGGUCAGUGUGUUGCAGGUGCUAUGUACAUAACUGGAUUUGCCGAAUCUAUAUCUGAUGUCUUGAGCUUCAGUAACAUCUGGGCAGUACGGGGCAUCUCACUUGCUGUCCUGCUGGGCUUGCUUGGAAUCAACCUUGCUGGUGUGAAAUGGAUCAUCCGUCUCCAGCUGCUGCUGCUUUUUCUUCUGGCCGUUUCAACGCUGGAUUUUGUCAUUGGCUCUUUCACGCACUUAGACCCAGAACAUGGUUUCGUUGGCUAUUCUGAAGAGCUUAUGUUGAACAACACACUGCCGGAUUACAGCCCUGAGGAGACCUUCUUCACUGUGUUUGGGGUGUUCUUCCCAGCUGCUACAGGUGUGAUGGCUGGGUUCAAUAUGAGUGGUGAUCUUAAGAAGCCUGCUUCAAAUAUUCCUCUAGGAUCCCUGUCUGCCAUAGGCAUUUCGUGGUUUCUGUAUAUAGUCUUUGUUUUUUUGCUGGGAGCCAUUUGUACUCGAGAAUCACUUCGCUAUGAUUUCAUGAUAGCAGAAAAGGUAUCCUUGGUGGGCUUUCUGUUCUUACUUGGCCUGUAUAUUUCGUCACUAGCAUCCUGUAUGGGAGGCCUCUAUGGAGCACCCAGAAUCCUUCAGUGCAUUGCUCAAGAGAAAGUUAUACCGAUUCUUGCAUUUCUUGGACAAGGGAAAGGACCAAAUAAAACCCCAGUGGCUGCCAUCUGUUUAACAAGCCUGAUCACUAUGGCUUUUAUUUUCAUUGGUCAAGUGAAUGUUCUUGCUCCAAUAGUCACAAUCAACUUCAUGCUUACAUAUAUUGUGGUGGAUUACUCCUACUUCUCUGCUUCCAUGAGCUACAACAUCCAGCAGAACUCCAGAAAGAUGCAGAGGGAAGAUUCCAGGAUUGUGCUGCGCUCUUCUCGGCCAUUAUUACUUGACAAACCAUCUUCUUAUGGAUCUGAUGGCAUAGUUCAAGGCAGAUCAAACGGCACUUUGUUAGAAUUCACAAAAGAUAUGGACCAUCUCUUUCGGCCUCUUGGUAAAGGGCCAGGAACUGGUCUUGAAACAAAAGACAAGGACAUUGGCCAAAUGACAAAGCACAGAAAGCAGAAGAAGGAAGCCAAACAAACAUUACAAGACAGCUUUUUGUUAGAUCUUGAUAAUAACUUUGCCUCUGCACAGGAUCUAUAUGGUAAUGUCCUGGAAUCAAAUGACAAAAAUAUGCAGAAUUUCUCAGAGCCAAAUCAUCAGGAGGAAGAAGGCUCAUCUUUACCUUGUGGUACAGAAACCAAGCAGAAGAACAUUCUUGAUGGGAGCCACCAUGUUGAUGACAUGCAGAAAAUACCCAGCCAGAAAGUGCAAGAUUUAGAUAUGAAACAACAAAGCCGAGAAUUGGCAAUUCAGAAAAUGCCGGCAUCCUUCUAUUCCCGACUGUGUCAUCACUGGGUUUCCCUUGCUGGUGCAAUAGGAUCACUUGCCAUUAUGUUUGUCAUUCAGUGGAUAUACACCCUUGUGAACUUGGGAAUAGCAAUUAUCCUGUAUUUCUACAUUGGGCAAGUGAGUCCAGGCCUACCACCUGGUGCAGCAGCCAACUUCAGUUUUUUCAAAUGGAUUAAACUACUUUUGCUUAAAGCCUACAGGGGAAGGCCAUCCCCGGAGGAGCGAUUUGUUGUGACACCAUCCUUUGCAACAGUUGGCAUGGAGACCACUCAGCUCACUGAAGAGAAUACAGAUUUUGCCUCCCGGGACCGCUACCACCAUUCCUCUGUUAUCACCAGAGAAGAGUUUGUUAAUCAGUUCCAAUGAGAGAGCAACAUGCCAUUCCCUCCACUAGCCAAUUAAAAACACUGACCACAGAUGCAUUGCCUGAUUAAAAGGCUUGCCCUUUCACAAGCAAUUUUAAUGAAUACUGAAACUUCCAAUUAAAGUGGGGAGCAAGGGUGGGGGCAGGAAGCUUUUGUAGCUACGACUUCCAAACACUGUUCCUUUAAAAAUAAAAUUCCAUGGAUUU